GUAAAAAUAACAGUUUCAUCGGAUGUUUGUAAUCUUCACAGAUCGCUGCGAUGUUACAUAGUGACCGGAGCAUUGUAACAUACGUGACUCCGGCUGUUUCAUAUAUGUACAAAUUGAUCGGUUUCUAUUGCACACACCUAAAUGUAAAGGUGUUUCUGCUGAAAAAAGAACACUGAAGAUUUUGUCUGUGGAUGGGGCAAUUCUGGAUUAAAAUGUAUUCGUAUUAUUAUUCACGGUUCAAUCACAGAGAUUAUGUGAGAGGCCUUAACAACUACGGUCUGACCUGCUGUAUUAAUGCUUUGCUUCAGUCUUUCUCUGCCACCCCAGAACUGCUGGAAUUACUGGAGAAAUAUCAUCCAGCAGAAAAUGAGCGGAAUAAAGUGCCAAUGAAGUUGAAGAACACCCUGUGUGCUAUGAGGAAAGACCAAAAACAUCAUUCUCCACACAGAGACUUCAUUGACUGUCUCCACCAUCACUCCAUACACCGUAUGCAUCUGACACGAUUUAUUCAACAUGAUGCAGAUGAAAUAUUCCACAGUAUACUUAAUCUCACCCAGAAACAGAUGAUCGAUAAAGACUUGGCUGAGGAAAUCCGUAAAGUCUACGAGAUAAAGGUGGAGACGCAAGUGAUGUGUAAAGAAUGUGGACACAUUGAAAAAACGCCCAACUCUCUAUACAGCCUCCCUUUGGCUAUUCGUGAGGGGGACAACACCCUGGAGAGCUGUGUCCAGUCCUUUACCCAACAGGAACCUCUGAGGAGUGGUAACGAGUGUUACUGUGACUGGUGCAUGAAAAAACAGCCCACCACUCAUCAACUGAAACUUGUGUCGCUGCCUUCAGUGCUGUGUAUCCACCUCAAGAGAUUCAGAAAUUAUGGAAAUACCAGGAAACUCAACGACAGAGUCACCUUCCCUGAAACACUAAAUAUGAACAUUUUUAAUGGACAAUCAGAAAAUGCUAAAGAGUUUUACAGUCUCUAUGGCGUCAUAGUGCACUUAGGAUCUGCCUUUUCUGGUCAUUACACUGCUUUCAUCCGGGACACUCCGGAUCAGAAUUGGUUUUAUGCUGAUGACAGCUCUGUUCGACAAGCCACCUGGAAAGAUGUGCAGGAGACCUAUGAAGGAAGAAUGACGGCCUACUUGCUUCUGUACAGAAAGAUGAGCGAGAGUGCAUCUGGAUAACUGAGGGGAACUCUGCAGGCUUCAAUUCACAUGAUAAAACUCUACAUGAUAUGGUUUUCAAUAACAGGACCAAAGUUAUU